CACGGGGGAAAAGAACUGGCCCAUACACACACUCCAAAGGGACGUCCCUCCAAAGGGCAGAUGCCAAGCCACAGAAAAGCAACAGUCCAUGGGAGUGCAGAUCCUGAGCUCCACGCCGGAGCACUCCUCCCAGCACUCUUCCGGCGCGUCCACGGCCACGACCGAGUCGGGUGCCGCCGGCCGGCUGCCGACGACGCUGGGCCUACCUGUCGCCAUCCCCGACGAGGCCGUGACCUCGCGCUCGGCGUUGGCAUCGGCGCAGUGGGCGUCGUCGCGGUUCAAGGGCGUGGUGCCGCAACCCAACGGGCGGUGGGGCGCCCAGAUCUACGAUCGCCACGCGCGCGUCUGGAUCGGCACGUUUCCCGACGAGGACGCCGCGGCGCGCGCCUACGACGUGGCCGCGCUCCGCUACCGCGGCCUCGACGCCGCCACCAACUUCCCGCGCACGGCCUCGUCGACGGAGCUCGCCUUCCUGGCGGCGCACUCCAAGGCCGAGAUCGUCGACAUGCUCCGGAAGCACACCUACUCCGACGAGCUCCGCCGGGGCCUGCACCGCGGCCGCGGCAUUGUGGGGCGCGCGGAGCCGACGCCGUCGUGGGCGAGGGAACCCCUCUUCGAGAAGGUCCUGACGCCGAGCGACGUCGGCAAGCUGAACCGCAUCGUGUUGCCGAAGCAGCACGCCGAGAAGCACAUCCCCCUGAAGCGCACGCCGGAGACGACGACCACCGCUGACAAGGCCGUGCUGCUGAACUUCGAGGAUGGCGAGGGGAAGGUGUGGCGGUUCAGGUACUCGUACUGGAACAGCAGCCUGAGCUACGUGCUCACCAAGGGCUGGAGCCGCUUCGUCCGGGAGAAGGGCCUCGUCGCCGGCGACGUCGUCGUGUUCUCCUGCUCUGAGUACGGACAGGAGAAGCACUUCUUCAUCGACUACAAGAAGACCACGACGGUGAGCGGCGGCGCGGCGGCGUCGCCGCCGCCGGUGGUGGAGACAGGCAAAGGAGAACAAGCCCGCGUCGUGAGGCUGUUCGGCGUCGACCUCGCCGGAGAGAUGAGGGGGCUAGCGGCGCCGGCGGAGCUGGAGUUGUUCAAGAGGCAAUGAGAUUGGCGAGUAUGAUUUGUUUUGCUACACCAAUUGGUACUGUAUUCCCCAAGCAGUAACUACCGAAAAAUCGUGGGCGGGCUCUACUUAUAAACUACUACUAUAUAAGAGCCUUUAAUACUAUAUAUAUAUAAAAACCGAGAAAUCUUUGCUAAACCAGUAGGAGUACUAUAUUAAAUGUUCAUGAUCCUAAACAUAGUGGGCAUUGUGAGCUUAAUUACAUGAAGAGAAAAUUUGAUUUGAUCCUAAACCAAUGCACGGCUUGUUGGUCUUGGAUUGCAUUACAAUAUUGAUUUGAUUACUUGUUCAUUCACACAGGUAAAUGUGCCAAUUGCUAUCUUCAUUUGCAUUCAUUUUGGGGAAAUAUUGCGCAUGGUUAU